GUGCGGGCGACUCCCGCCCGGUGCCCGUGGGCAGCGGGGCUCCUUCUUCUUCCAGGAUAUAAGGCUUCUCCUCUCCCCUUUCCCUCUGUGCGGGGACUUUGGCCGUGCGGAGCCGCCGCCCUUCCCCGGAGCAGCAGGACUGGGAACUGCCUUCCCCGGACGUUGAUAAAACAAAUAUGUUUCCUCUCAUACAACGAUGCUGCUUCCACACAUCUUUCAGACUCCAGAAGUUAACGGGUCCCAGGCUGCUGCUCCAUGCAAAGAAUAAGACAACUUGGUCUUCCCUUGGCCUCUGGCUCCAGAGGGAUGUGUGUCCUCUCUCAAGACCUCCAAGCCUCAAACCAGCAUCAGUUUAUGCAACCCAGCUCCAGGCUUUUCACACCUCUCUCCCCGUCUCCAAGAAGAAAAAGCCUCCAGAAUCUGAGACAGAAUCCGAAAAAAGCAAGGAAUCUCUGAAGGACGUUCCCAAGCCGGCCCUUUACCUGAGCCUGGGGGGGCUGGUUCCCUUUGUGAUGGCACCACUGGCCAUGGUCAUCCAGGGCACCUACUACCCCGAGGUGGCCUUUGCUCAGGUCACAUACGGUGCUGUGACAGCCUCUUUCCUGGGGGGAAUGAGGUGGGGCUUUGCCCUUCCUGAAAACAGCCCGGCCAAGCCAGACUGGCUGAACCUGGCUAACGGUGUCGUUCCUCCUGUGCUUGCCUGGCAGGCCUUGCUCUUCAAGGAUGCCACCUUGGGAGCAGUGAUGCUGGUGAUGGCCUUGGGGAUAGCGCUGCAUUAUGACAUUGCCCUUCUUCCCCCUUACCCGAGAGGGUUUAAAAGACUGAGGGUGUGGGGAACAGUGGUGAUGGUGUUAUCCCUGUUGGCCACUGCAGCACUGAAGCUCAUUUUCGAGGUGCAGAGACUUGAAGGCAGAGAUAAAUGGCAGAACACAAAAUAAUAAAUCAAUAGGGAAAUGAUACUGUCUGCCAGUAAGAUAUUUGCAUGGAGUUCCAGGAGAAAUAAAGAACUGAUUUGUGCUUAGAAGUGAUGAUGGCAGGGAUCAAGAUGCUUAGUCUCCAAGCAAACUUGAUUUU